AUGAGAGCAACACAGAGUAGGCAGAAGUCGUACGUUGAUCGGAGAAGGAGACCGCUUGAGUUCAAUGAAGGUGAUCAUGUGUUUCUACGUGUGAUAUCGAUGGCAGGUGUGGGUAGGGCUAUCAAGGCUAGGAAGUUGUCUCUUAAGGUUCUUGGUCCUUAUGAUAUUCUUAGGCGGAUUGGGCUCGUAGCGUAUGAGAUAGCGUUACCACCGCAGUUGGCAAACCUGCAUAACGUGUUUCACGUGUCUCAACUGAGGAAAUACAUUCCAGAUCAUACACAUGUACUAAAGGUUGAUGAUAUACAAGUGGAUGAAGAUCUUACAAUCAAAGCUGGGCCAAUCAGAGUGUUGGAGGUGCAGACGAAAAAUUUGAGGGGAAAGGAAAUACGCACGGUGAAGGUGUUGUGGAACGAGGAAACCCAAGAGAUGACUUGGGAGCUUGAAGAGUUUAUGAGAAAUGAAUACCCAUUUCUGUUUGCGUAG